AUGGACAACUUCGAGUACACCGCGAACCCCGCGCGCGUCGUCUUCGGGAGCGGCACCAUCAAGAAGAUCCCGGAGGAGCUGGCGCGCGCCAAGGUCUCGAAACCCUUCCUGCUCAGCACGCCGCAGCAGGUGGGCCACCUCGACCUGCUCAAGGGUAUCCUCGGGAGCGACGCGGUCGCCGGCAGCUUCGCCGAGGCGACGAUGCACACGCCGGUCGAGGUCACAGAGCGCGCGCUGGCACAGCUGCGGGCGUCGGGCGCCGACUGCAUCGUGUCGAUCGGCGGCGGCAGCACGGUGGGGCUGGGCAAGGCGCUGAGCGUGCGCGCGGGGCUGUUCCACCUGACGGUGCCGACGACGUACGCCGGCAGCGAGGUGACGCCGAUCCUGGGCGAGACCGACGGCGGCCGCAAGACGACGCGGGCCGACCCGGCCAUCCUGCCGCGCGCCGUCGUCUACGACGUCGACCUCACCCUGACCCUGCCCGCCGCGCUCACCGCGACGAGCGGCGUCAACGCCAUCGCCCACGCCGUCGAGGCCCUGUACGCGCGCAACCGCAACCCCGUCAUCAACCUGCUCGCGCAGGAGGGCGUGCGCGCGCUGGCGAGCGCCCUGCCUGCGCUCGCCGCCGACCCCGCGUCGCGCGCCGCCCGGUCCGAGGCCCUCUACGGCGCCUGGCUGUCCGGCACGUGCCUCGGCAGCGUCGGCAUGUCGGUGCACCACAAGCUGUGCCACACGCUGGGGGGCAGCUUCGGGCUGCCGCACGCCGAGACCCACACGGCGGUGCUGCCGCACGCGCUGGCGUACAACGCGCCGCGGGUGCCGGGGGCGCUGGCGGCGCUGGCGGCGGCGCUGCCCGACGGCGACGGCGACGCCAUCGCCGGCCUCAACGCGCUCCUGCGCAAGCUCAACGUCGAGCGCAGCCUCCGCGCCUUCGGCAUGAAAGAGGAGGACAUCGACAAGGCCGCCGACAUCGCCGUCAGCAAUCCCUACUGGAACCCGCGCCCCAUCGAGAGGGAGCCCAUCCGCGAGCUCAUACGCCGCGCUUGGGCCGGUGAGGAGGCGAGGGCGGAUCUGUGA